ACCUAGAUUCACUUAUAAUUAUCGUUUAAAUUGUUAAUAAGUGGUGUUCUUUGUACUAGUUGUGGCUCAGAAACCAAAAAUAAUACGAUGCUCUGAGUACGAUAAUCCGGCAACACUGCGCGGCUACCUUCCUUUCCCUCUCAAGACGCCGGACAGCCAUGACGACGGCUAAGGCUCCAGCAAAGCGGCCCCAGGCCAAGACUGGCAGUAAGAAGCCUCAAGUCCCUGCUAAGAAAGGGAAAGGCUUGAAGGGCAAAGGCCGCAAAGGCAAGAAGUUGCAGCUCAAGUUCCACAUUGACUGCCGUCAACCUGUGGAAGAUGGCAUCAUGAAUGCGGCCGACUUUGAGACGUUCCUCCAGCAGCGUAUCAAGGUGAAUGGCAAGACCAACAACUUCUCUAACCAAGUAUCACUGGAGAGGAACAAGCACAAGAUCACCCUUAAUGCUGACAUUGCCUUCUCCAAAAGAUACCUGAAGUACCUCACCAAGAAGUACCUGAAGAAGAACAAUCUCCGUGACUGGCUGAGAGUGGUGGCUCCCCCCACGGCCAAGGACAUGUAUGAGUUGAGAUACUUCCAGAUUAACAAUGAGGAAGAUGAUGAUGAUGAUGGAGAUGAGUGAUUCUUUGUAAGAAUUAUUUGAAGGAAACAGAUUUUUUA